AUGGACGCGGGGGAGCCAAACGCGAACGGCAGCAGCUCCUACGUCCCCGAAGUGCUGCCUCCAGAAAGCCAUGAUGACGGCAUGACCCACCACACCCCCCGCCUCUGCACGGUCAUCCCCAAUCGGAUUUUUGUCGGGGGAAUUGACCACAAGGUGAGUGAGAGCGACCUGCGACAUAUCUUCUCUCAACGUGGUCCAAUAAAAGAGGUGAAGAUUGUGGUGGAUCGCUCAGGAAUGUCAAAGGGAUAUGGGUUUGUUACAUUUCAGACCGAAGAUGAUGCACUGAAAGUUCUUAAUGAUGUUAAUGGGAUACAUUUGAAAGACAAGAAGCUCAGCAUUGCUCAGGCUUUCCGCAAGCAGCAAGCUUCAGGACAAACUAUGAGCACCUCUGUGGCCAGCCCUGACUCUACCGUUCCUCUGCCGAUGUCCUGUGGGACCCUGUUCCAGACCACAUGCACAGGCUCUCUGUACACCUUUCAAAACGGAAUGGCCUACUUCCACUGCCCCGGCAUGAACCAGCUGCCCCACCACUGGCCUCAACCUGCUCCUCCGGUGAUGCAUCCUCAGGCCCAGCAGCCUGUGUACCAGCAGCCAGCCUCUCAUCACUACCAGUGUGUCCCAAACCAGUAUCAGUGGAAUGUCACCCAGUCGCUGGUUCCCUCAGGUCCGGUGUACCCGCAGCCAUCAGAUUAUCUGUACCAGCCCACGAAUGGAGGCUCAGUCCAGCCUCCUCCGCCUGUCAUGGAGAACACCACACCAGAGUUUAUAGAGCCCACGGUGCAGCAGGUCUACCCAUUGUAUCCUCAGAGAGCUGAAAGAAUGAGACCCAUAGUUCUGCAGCAUGACCCUGGAAAGAAUCAGACGUUUCCACACUUGCACGUCCAUCUGCAGCCAAAGUAUCGCCGACGCUUCAACCACAAGGACUACCGCUGCCUGCCAGAAGCAACAGAGCCGCCAGACGCCUCCGUGCUUCACUCUCCCGUAGAUUAA